CGUGUGGGUCAUUAAUAUUGAGCCUGCGUGAACGUGCAGAGAGGAAAGGCACGCACACGAGGUCGUGUGACAGCCGUGGGCUCGUGGUGGCAUAUCGUGGGCGGUUCGGUGCCAGUGGCAGCGUCGUGCGUUUCUCCAAUUACUUCGGUGUCUCUCAGUUUAGUCAAUUCUUAGACGUCAGCGAUGGUCUCCCUGCAUCUCCAAGAAAAGGUCGCAUUGCGUGCUCCUGUAAGGAUUCCGUUCCGCUAGCGGAUUUAAAGAGCGCACCGACACGUCACGAAGGCGUGAAAACGUUGCUCCGUUUACUCCCACUUUUGUUGAAUAACGCACGACAGACAUGGCUGUUCCUCAGGCAAUGGGUGCAGUGGAUCCUUGGGUGAUUCAACCACGGGAAAGAGCACGAUAUCAGGAACAAUUUAAUUCUCUGAAACCGGUGAAUGGAAUUGUAACAGGAGAGCAAGCAAAAGGAUUCCUUCUUCAGUCGCAGCUUUCUCCGGCUAUCCUUGGACAAAUAUGGGGAUUAUCCGACACGAAUGCAGAUGGGAAAAUGGAUCUGAACGAGUUCAGUAUAGCAUGCAAACUGAUCAAUCUUAAGCUGCGUGGAUUUGAGAUCCCAAAAACACUACCCCCAUCACUGGUACAGAGCUUGAAGGAUAUUGCCAGUGGUAAUACUAUGAAUCUCAUGGGAGCUGCGGUUCCACCUCUGGCUAAUCUCAAUGGGUAUUCAUCUGUACAUUCUUCAAUGGGGAUGGUUAACGUACCCACAAGCUUACCUUCGCGACCGGUUGGACCAAAUGUGUCACAUAAUCAACCGCCAAUGAGACCUAUGCCACCGACGAUGACAAUACCAGUCGUGUCGCAACAAGAUAGUCGACAAAAUGUGGCUUCCAGACCUGGAAGUACCUCGUCUACAACCGGUGCCGUACCACAAAGGCCUGCUCCGCCUUCGAGUAUUGGUACGACUCCACCAUUGGUUGGUCCUCCUCCGAAACCAGCACCACCGUCGUUUCCAAACAGUCCAGUAGGAGCUCCGACGGUACCCCCUUCUGUUAGAACUCAACCAACACCUCCACCUGGAGCGCAGUCAAUACCACAGAGUAUUACACCCAUAAUUCCAGUUCAAAACAUGGUAUCGACAGUUGUCGCAGGUGGAAUACCAAUUCAACCUUUGACGGCUCCAGUGGCACCGAUUGUUCCACUUAAUACUCAGCCAGCUCCAAUUGCUGCUUUUGGCAUGACUCAAACAGCACCAAUGCAAGCAUAUCAGCAACCAGUUAUGCCUGGCAUGAUGGCUCCGAUGCAGCCUGUAAUGUCUGGCUUGAUACAACCAAUGACAGCGACUGUUCCAUCCUUAACGUCUGCCGCUCCUAUGACGUGUGCAGGAGGCAUACCACCCAUGGCUUCUGUACCAAGUCUCCCAGGAAUUGUUCCUGUAAACGGGGUACAAACUCCAGUUUCUACAAACACACCUUUAAGCACGACGGCACGACCCCCCAGUUUAGACAGAAUGGGCUCUAUGGAUUCGCAGCAUUCCCAAAUCAGUCAACAGUCGAUGAGUUCACCCCAAGGAGUUGAAUGGGCAGUGCCUCAUCAAACAAAAUUGAAAUAUACUCUGUUGUUUAAUACGUGGGACAAGGCAAGAUCUGGCUACUUAACAGGAGUGCAGGCCAGAAACGGGAUGGUUCAUUCGCAAUUACCUCAGAAGAUACUCGCCCAAAUCUGGUCCUUAGCAGACAUGGAUUCAGACGGUCGAUUAAGUUGCGACGAAUUCGUUCUUGCUAUGUACUUGUGCGAUAUGGCCAAGAGUGGUGAAAAAAUUCCAACUACCCUACCACUGGAGCUCAUACCUCCAAGUUUUAGACGACAACGUCAAGGAAGUGUAGCUUCGAUCUCCUCUCAAGGUGCUUCAGAAGUAAUCGAUCCCUUGGCUGGAAUGCCACAGAGUUCAUUCGAGGAUAAGCGGAAAGAAAACUAUGAAAAAGGCCAGGCGGAAUUAGAACGUCGGCGCAAAGCUUUGUUAGAGAUCCAACGAAAGGAGCAAGAGGAACGAGAGCGUAAAGAGAGAGAAGAAGCAGAAAAACAAGAAAAAAUAAGAUUGGACCAAGAAAGACGUCGUCAAGUUGAAAUAGAAAUGCAAAUACAAAGGCAGAAGGAAAUCGAGCAGGAGAAAGAGGAACAACGGAAAAGAGUUCAGGAACAAAGGGAAGCUGCACGAAAGGAAAUGGAAAGGCAGCGUCAGUUGGAAUGGGAGAAGCAGAAGUCACAAGAACUACAAGCACAACGGCAGAAGGAACAGGACAUAUUACUUAAGUUGAAAGCAAAAAAUCAGACUUUAACCAUAGAGUUGGGCACUUUGAAUGACAAGGUGAAGGAACUAUCGCAGAAAAUAUGCGAUACCCGUGUUGGAGUUUCCAGCGUCAAAUCAACCAUUGAUGGCAUGCGAUCGACUCGUGAUACGCAAUUACAAGAGAUGUCCGCCCUGAGAAAUAGGCUUCGUGAACAAAAUCAGCGGCUACUUAAUGUCACCCAGGAAAAAGCAAGAAUCGAGGCGAAAAACAAAUUGAAUGCUGCUCAAGAUGCCGCCGGUCAAGAGGCGGUUAAGAUGGCAUUUGCUAAUAAACAAAUUACUCUGAAGCAGAUGAAGGACAAGAUCGCAGACUUACAACGACAGAUUGACGAGAAAAUGACCGAUAUUGAAAACAACAAUGGCCAGCUUGAAGAUAUUAAAACUCAAAUGAAGAAUCUUAUUUCGGAUUGUAAAAACCUCCACAUAACAUUCAAUGAUAAAAGGACAAUGGUUCUUGAAUUACGAUCAGCUGGUACAACGACAAAUAAUUACGCCACGUCAGCUUGGGGUGAUUCAGGCUGGAACGACACCGGUUCCAUGGACAAAGAUGAGUGGCCCAUUGAAGAUACUUCUGCUCCCAGUACUGAUGCUGACGUUCCCGGAGUAGUUAAAUACAGGGCUCUUUAUGAAUUCAUAGCUAGAAACCAAGACGAAAUCUCUUUCCAGCCUGGGGAUAUCAUUUUGGUGCCACCUGUGCAAAAUGCAGAACCUGGAUGGAUGGCAGGUGAAAUUCGUGGUCGAACUGGAUGGUUUCCAGAGUCCUAUGUUGAACCUGUGGACACCGCUGGUUCUGAUGCAAAGAUAGCGAAUAAUGCGUUUAUCCAACAGGACAGCGUAGAAAAGAGACCACUAGAAGAAAUUGCCGAAGUCCCUGAAAACGUAUCCGAUGCUGGAUCCCUAGGAGGUGAAGGUCCUACAGUGGAGCCGAUUAUACCAACCUCAGGGCUGGGAUAUGUUUGCAACGUGCGUGCCAUUGCCAUUUACCAGUAUCGCCCCGUCACACAAGAACAUCUUAGUUUUGCCAAAGGAGAUAUCAUCGACGUCACCGAGCAGCAGGAAGACUGGUGGUACGGUGAAUCAGGUGGCAAUAAGGGCUGGUUUCCUAGAUCGUACGUCAGAGUCACGUCUCAAGAAGACAAAGAUGUCUCCGCUCCUGCAAACGGCCUGAACGAGCAAUACGUAGCUCUUUAUCCAUAUUCGUCGAAUGAAUCAGGGGAUCUCAGCUUCAAUCAGGGAGAGAUCAUCCUCGUUACAAGAAAAGAAGGCGAUUGGUGGACUGGUAUCAUCGGAGAUAGAACUGGGAUAUUCCCCUCGAACUAUGUCGAAUUGUGCGAAGAACCAAAUAAGGACGCACUAGAAACGACCAACGUUAACGAGGGAAGCAUUACAUCUGCCCCUACAUCUGCCGAACAGUCAGAAUUACAGCAGACCGAGGUAUCGGAUGCAUCGAAUAUCAUCCAAAGGUCACCAACUAUUGAAAAAACAAAAGAACAACUCGAAGAUGAAAGAGCAGCAGCCGAGGACAAAGCCGAGCUACCCGAUUUCGCUGCAAUGUCCACGCAGCAGUACACCAAGGGCAGAGGAAAGAAGCCGGAGAUAGUGCAAGUAAUCGCACCAUACCAAGCGACCAGUUCUGAACAAUUGGACUUACAAAGGGGACAGCUCAUAAUGAUUCGCAAGAAGACAGAGUCUGGCUGGUGGGAAGGUGAACUGCAGGCUCGCGGUAGGAAGAGACAGAUUGGGUGGUUUCCGGCGUCUUACGUAAAACCCUUGACAAGCAGCAGCAAUCGAAGUACUCCAAUAUCUCACAGAUAUCAAGACUCCCCUACGGAUCCAAACGUUGAACGCGUGAUGGCCCUGUACCCCUAUCAAGCACAAAACGAAGACGAGCUCAGCUUCGAGAAGGCCGACGUGAUCACCGUGCUUGCCAAGGAGGAGGCAUCUUGGUGGCGAGGCGAACUCAACGGAGUUUCCGGAGUAUUUCCUAGCAACUACACAUCCCCCAUGUCCACCGAGAGAAACUGCGACCCUACCUUGACGCGCAUCGGGUCCAUGGAAAGGAAGCGACAAGAGUAUAUCAAGGAGCUCAUUGUUACUGAACAGGCGUACAUUGAGGACAUGCGACUUGUACAUGAGGUGUUUGAGAAACCCUUAUUGGCGAGCUUGGUGUUGACUGUCGAUGAAGUAGAACGGAUAUUUAUCAAUUGGAGAGAUAUCAUUGCCUGCAAUGACAAUUUCUUAAGAACCCUGAGAAUAAGAAGAGACAACAGCGAGGGCGGCAUCGUAAGGAUGAUCGGAGAUAUUUUGUGCGAAAACAUACCCAGGAUGUCAGCAUACGUCCGAUUUUGCAGUUGCCAGAUAUCCGCGGCAGCUUAUCUUCAAAGGCUUACAGAGACUUCGGCAGAAUUUGUCGAAGUUGCUCAUGCUUGCCAACAAGACCCACGGACGAAGGGAAUGCCGUUGAGCUCUUUUCUAAUUAAACCUAUGCAAAGAAUCACGAAGUAUCCUCUUAUGAUCGGCAAGAUUUUAGAGCAUACUCCGGCAACACACCCGGACAGGCAAUAUCUCCAGGAAGCUUUGGCUAAAGCCGAGGAAUUUUGCACCCAGGUAAACGAAGGUGUUAGAGAAAAAGAAAACAGCGACAGAUUGGAGUGGCUUCAAACUCACGUAGCUUGUGAUGGCCUCGAAGAGCAGCUCGUUUUUAACUCCUUGACCAACUCAUUGGGUCCCCGGAAAUUCUUGCAUUAUGGCAUCCUGCACAAGGCUAAGAGUGGUAAGGAACUAGUAGGCUUCUUAACGAACGACUUUCUGCUUCUUGCUCAACCAACGAAACCUCUUCCAAGCGGUCAGCAAUUCUCAUUCGACCGUUGCGAUCAUUACAGGUUUAAGAUGUAUCGAAAGCCCAUAUUCCUAAACGAGCUUAUUCUUGGGGAAUCUGAACAUGCGGCUGGCAGCGGAACCUGUAGCGGAAGUGGUAACAACAACGAAACUGCUGACAAUGCACUGACUAUUAGGAUAAAAGAGUCAAAGAAAUGUAUAGUUUUGUUAGCUUUAUCCACUAGUGAGUGCUGUCUGUGGACUAAAAGGUUGACCGAGGCUCGUAAGACGUUUUUGGAGAACGAAAAGAAUCUUUUACAGCGCCAGCGGUCCAAGCAGGCUCAAUUCGGAGCAUGUGGUCGCAUUCUCGUUAAGGUGCUGGAAGGCUCCAGCCUCAAGACUACAUCCGUUCGCAGAAGACCUCCCAAGGGCCGACUUCAACUAGUUGUCGAGGGAGCUGAAGAUCUUAUAUUAGUUAAGCAAGGCAAAUGCAACGCGUUUUGCAAAGUAUCAAUGGGGUCUCAAGAAGAACGAACCGGUGUCGUAUCUGGGACGGAUUGCCCGCGAUGGGAUUCUCCAAUGCAGUUUCAAGUUAAAGAUUUGCAGGAAGACACUUUGUGUAUAACAGUCUUCGAUAAGGGUUAUUACAGCCCCGACGAAUUCCUCGGCCGAGCCGAGAUACGAGUCGCGGAUAUCAACCGGGACAGCAAAGAUGCUUGUGGUCCUAUUCAGAAGCGCAUCAAGCUCCACGAAGUUGAAAAGGGUGAUGUCGUCCUCAAGCUGGAUCUUCGUCUCUUCGGGAGCGGAUAAGCGGCUUUCAAGAGGCUUGAACUUUACUCGUAACAUUUUACGAGUGAAGAGGUUUCAAUCGUCUAUUUUAUAUUUACUUAUUGAUGGACUCGUAGAGAUCAGGUUCCUCGAGGAAGUCAAAAAGAGAAGGUUUAGACUGUAAGAUGGAAGGCUUUGUUUUUUUUCCCCCCCUUACAGUCUAUGUUCGAGUGGGAGGAUUGAAAAUAGAAAAAAAGGGUGCCUUGAAAUUUAAUGUUGAACUUAACUAAGCAAGUAUUUUAACUCUUCAGCGUCGAAUACGAAUGUUUUCGCGACCAGUCACCGAAAAUACGCUUGCCAAAUAAGUCAAUCGAUUAAGUUGUUUUUACUGCAUGAAUUGAAACAUUUACUGCCGCGGUAUUAUUACGUGUCGUUUUUAGAGGUCAGAUUACGAAGAACAAGAGAUACCCUAAUACUGAGUAUGUACAAUGGCGGACAUGAAUGCCUCCCCUGCAGAUACGACAUCGCCUGUGCAGGACGGGAGGGCAUUGAUGUCUCCCA